AAACGUCCCUUUCCGCUCUCCUCCGUUGCUAAGUAACAGCUCCUAUGCUCUCCGUGCUUCGGAAAGCACAGCUAGCUAAAUGCUACGACCCAGAUUUUGGGAAAACCCGAAGCCACAAGUAGUGUGUGUUUGAUGAGAGUGCAGAUUUGAAGCAAUGACCGCUAUAAAAGACGGAGAGUACACGGCUACGAUCUACAAACUGAUUAAAGAUGGUCAGUAUGUGGAUGCCAUUCACAUCCUGAACGGGCAGCUCCAAAAACACACCAAGUCCAGGGCGGCGCUGUCUCUGCUUGGUUUCUGCUACUAUCACAUCCAGGACUUCACCAACGCCGCCGAGUGCUACGAACAGCUCACGCAGCUGCACCCGGAGGUGGAGGAGUACAAAGUGUACUACGCCCAGUCCCUGUACAAAGCUGGUGCUUAUCCCGAGGCCACCAAGGCUUCAUUUGCACUCGACAACCCCAGCAGCCAAACCAAGAUGGUCAAGCUGCAGGCCUGCAUCAAAUAUUGUGAGGAAGAUUAUUCCGCUGCCAAGUCGCUGUUGGAGCAGCUGCCGCCGGACGACCCGGACUACGUCUACAAUAUGGGCUGUUUGCUUUACCAGGACGGCAAGUAUGAGGAGGCCUGCAGGAAGUUCAUGUCCGCCAUGCAAGUGCUGGGAUACGUGCCAGCGUUGUCCUACAACAUCGCCCUGACUUAUUACAGCCUGAAGAACCACAAUCAGGCGCUCAAGUAUAUCGGGGAGAUCAUAGACCGUGGAAUCAAGGAACAUCCAGAGCUGAGUGUUGGAAUGACGACCGAAGGCAUCGACAUCCACAGCGUGGGAAACACGCUGGUCCUGCAUCAGUCGGCCCUGAUCGAAGCCUUUAACCUCAAAGCUGCAAUCAAUUAUGAGCUGAAGAACUUGAAAACAGCUCAGGAGGCUCUGACGGACAUGCCCCCGAGAUCAGAUGAGGAACUGGACCCAGUGACACUCCACAACCAGGCUCUGUUGAACAUGGACACGAAGCCGUCGGAGGGCUUCGAGAAGCUGGCCUUCCUCCUGCAGCAGCCCUCCUUCCCCCCCGUCACCUUUGGAAACCUGCUGCUGCUCUACUGCAAACACGAGUACUUUGACCUGGCAGCUGAUGUCCUGGCAGAAAACGCACAUCUCACCUACAAGUUCCUCUCCCCGUACAUGUACGAGUUUCUUGAUGCUUUGUUGACCUGCCAGACGGCACCAGAGGAGGCUUUCAGGAAGUUUGAAGAGAUGAACGGAAAACUGGCGGAACAGCUACGCAAGCUAACAAAGCAGCUGCAGGAAACCAGGCUGGCUCGAGAUGAGGAACUGCAGAAGAAAGCUGUGCAGGACUUCGAACUGAUGCAGGAAAAGUACAUCGUGGUCCUCAUGGCUCAGGCUAAGAUCUACUGGAACCGCGAGAACUUCCAGAUGGUGGAGAAGAUUUUCCGGAAGUCGGUGGAGUACUGCAACGAUAACGACACCUGGAAGCUGAACGUGGCUCAUGUGCUCUUCAUGCAGAACAAGUACAAGGAGGCUAUCGGCUUCUACGAGCCCAUCGUCAAGAAGCACUACGACAAUGUGGAGCAGUGUAACAUACAGGAGUGUCCCUGCAAGUGCAAACCAUCGAUCCUGAACGUGAGCGCCGUGGUCCUAGCCAACCUGUGCGUGUCCUACAUCAUGACGAGCCAAAACGAAGAGGCUGAAGAGCUGAUGAGGAAGAUUGAGAAAGAAGAGGAGCAGAUCUCCUACGACGACCCCGACAAAAAGGUCUUUCACCUCUGCAUCGUCAACCUGGUCAUCGGGACGCUGUACUGUGCAAAGGGAAACUACGACUUUGGUAUCUCCCGUGUCAUCAAGAGCCUGGAGCCUUACAACAAGAAGCUGGGAACGGACACAUGGUUCUACGCCAAGCGCUGUUUCCUGUCCCUGCUGGAGAACAUGUCCAAACACAUGGUCAUGCUGAGGGACACCGUGGUACAGGAGUGCAUUCAGUUCCUGGAGCACUGCGAGGUUUACGGGAAAGAGGUGCCGGCCAUCAUCGAGCAGCCUCUGGAGGAGGUCCGCAUUCACAUCGGCAAGAACACCGUCACCUACGAGGCUCGGCUUCUCAAGGCCCUGUUCUAUGAGGUGAUUGGUUGGAACAAGUGACAUCACAAAGGUGUUACCGGCUGAGUUAUGACAGUUUAAUAAGUUCCACAGAAACUUGGUUUAAAAGACGGUCAGAACACAGUGACGUGUUUCUGUGGAGCCUUCGUCUGGCUUCUCUGCGCUGGGACGUGAUCUCAGUGAGCAGAUCUGAUAUAAUCACAGUUAAUGGACUGCAUUUAUCAUCACUAUAAACACAACGGUUUGUAGAACAGACCUUAGUUUUAUUGGUUAUGUUUAUUUCACUAACAUAAACAUACAUGAUGACAGUAAUGUAAGUUCAUCUCCAUGCAUUGGGUUCAUGCAGGUCCUCUGCAGCCGGUGCUCCCGACUCUGUUUGUCGAUUAAAUACGUGUGAAAAACAAUAUGAUUUAAAGUAAAUAAAGAUAUUUUUAGAACUAAAUCUCAAGCUUUCCACCAGGAAGACAACCUGGGCGGACUCUGAUGUUUUUUCUUAAAGUAAAUGUAAAUAUGUGAUUUAAAUAGAGAUGCUCCAAUCAGCGUUUUUAGCUUUAUAUAGACUUUAAAAAACAUCCUGCAGAUUCGAACAUCAAAGAUCCUCGAAUCUCUGACCACACCACGCUGCGUCCUCUGUGUUUUUCACUCACUGCAACUACAAGUUUCUCCUAAAGAGGCUACAGCAAAGAAAAAACACUGUGUUGUGGCCACAAUGUCGCUGAUGCACAGGGGUUAGAGUGGGAUUUGGCUGGUGGAGGGGUAUAUUUCCUGGGUCUUUACCGUACAAUAUAAAGCGCCUCUUGUUGUGAUUUGGCCCUAUAAAUUUAUAUAUAUAAAACUGCAUUGAAUUAAAUUAAUUCAAUGCAAAAAAAUAAUUAAACUCACCACUUCAUAACUCAGGGCAAACCUUUGGGCUCUUUUGUAUAAAAACUUUUAGCUGUGUAUUUUCAGUUCCCAAACUCUGAACAUAAAACAUAAAGACAAAGCAUUUUUUUCCUGCUGUGCUCUCAGCUGAAAACAACGGGACCAGCUCUGCCCUCGUCACUGUUACAGCUCAGUGUGGGACUUACAAUAUCAGCACUGUAAAUUUCAGACAGCACUUUCUGUGGACUCCCCUCCUGUAGUGAUGGCUAAAUGCUGAAGUAUUAAGAUUCCAGUCCUAUUGUGUGCAUGAACUCUGACACAAAUGGAAGGAUUGAAGGCUCAGAGUGCUCGCAGCCGUGUGUCACCUUCUGAUCGGUUGAGGUGGGAGCAGCUGGAAGCAAAGCCGAUCUGCAUUAAAAAUGAACUCACUUGAUAUUAAAAGCUGCCGAUCAGAUGUAAUCAUUCAUUAACUGGAGGUGGGCUUUCAGGAUCCCCGUGGCCCACUUUAACCCCUGGAGCCAGAAAAUAUUUUGUGAUGAUCUUGAAAAGUCUAAUGAAUCCAAAUCUCAUCCUCCAAAACCCUCAUUUACAUUUUACCAUGGUCCUACUCAUCGAGUACGCCAUCCUUUUUUAUGAUUGGAGCAUCACUACUGUUUAGGUUUGAUAAUAAUAAUAGUAAAAAAUCAGCUUUAUUGUUAUAGUCACAAAAUCCAACAUGACUGAAAAUAAAGCUUUAGUUUCCACAUCCCAGCUUUGCAUUAGGCGUUUUCAUCAUGUUAACACUACGUUCUUAAAGCAACAUGUGGUGUGGAGAGUCUGCCUCAUUUCACCAAUGACGAAAGUCUCUACCUGAUGAUCUACAGUGUUUUGUCUCGUGUGUGCGCCCCUCAGGAGAGCGGCCUCUUCGUAAUGUCCUGUUCUGUCAGGUAGUAGUUCAGGUAUCCUCCCAGAGCACCGACCGCCACUGCCGUCAUGUGACUGGAACAGCCGUCUGGCAGAUGAAAAAUAACAGAGUUUAUUAGACAAUAACAAAACCCCCAAACUAAAUCAGAUGAAGUACUUUUCAAAUUUUCAGCAUAUGAGCUCCAAGAGCUCUGCAUCCAACUGCAUUUUUAAUCUGACCUCCGCUGAAUUCACAACAGCAACGUUGUUCAGAUUUCCUCCAAACCUACAAAACGAAGCUGAGAAACUGUUUCCUGUAACAAGCUUCUUUAGCCACAGUGGCUGAAGAUGAGCUGAUGUGAUUGUUACGAUCCUGUCGUGGUUCUGGGUCAUUUGAUCCAGCUCUGAGUUUAUUGUGUUUUUGUGAUUCCUGAGAUGUAAUGAUUGAGUUUUCUAUCGUUUAGUAUUGCGUUUAGUCCUUUCCAUGUCACUGAGUUAUUGCUCAUUUCUGGUUUAUGUUCUCUGGUCUGUCAAAUCCCUUUUGUGCCUUUGUCGUCGUGUCUCCUGUGAGAAUCUGUCUUGUCGUCUGUGUUUGCGUUUCGGUGUCUAUCGCUCCCUCGCCCUCUGUGUAUGUCUUAGUCGGGUCGUUGUUUUUCGUCUCCCUUCUGUGUCCACAUGUUCCCCUCCUUGUGUUUCACUCCACGUCUCCCCUGUCAGUCGUGUGCGUCCAUGUUUGUUGUCCCCAGCCUGUCUUGUCUCUCGCCCUCUCGGUGUCUCUCACUUCCUCUCUCUCUCCCUCCAUGUCUCAUCUCCGUUAACUGUUUGUGUCUCGUCCCAUUGUCUCCCCAGUCUGUCUUGGUCCCAUGUGCGUUCCUUCCUCCCAGCCCGUGUCAUGCUGCAUGUUUUAGUCUGCGUCUUAGUGUGUUUCCUGUUUUAUUUUGACAGUCUGCUUUCCUGUGUUCAGUGUGUUCAGGUUUGCUUCCUCCCUGUCUCGUCACGCCUAAUUCGUCCCAGCUGUGUUCCCCGUGUGUUUCUGCUUCUCCUAAUCACCCUCGUGUGUGUGUCUGUGCAUAUAUAUUGUGUCAGGUUCCUCUAGUCUCUUGUCCAGUUAUUCCUCUUCUCUUUCCAUGUCCAAGUUCUUAGUUUCAUGUUCGUGGUUCAUGUUUAAGUUUCCCUGUGUUUAGUUUUCCCAGUUAGUAUAGCUAGUUUAGUUCUAUCUCCGUUCGCCUUUUGCUUCUGUUUUUGUGCAGCCUAUGAAUAAAGUGGCUCGUUUUUUGUUAA